GUUGUUUUUACCACAUAGCCUAAAAUUUACCACUAAACUAUACAAAAAAGCAAAAAAAAUGUUUACAUUUCAGUUACAUGUUAUUUGUUUCCGUUUCGUAAUCUGUUUCUGCGUUUUAGCAACACCCGUUGCACACGACACUUGUCCACAUUUUCUCACAGUCAACGGUCACUUACCGGUCACUUGUUCAUAAGAAAAUCUUAUCUCUGUAGGUAUGGCAGCUAAUAUAAAAGCAGUUUGUGUCUUGAAAGGAGAUGGUGCUGUUACAGGAACAGUCGCUUUCACACAACAGAACGGCGAAUCAGCAGUGACAGUGACAGGGGAGCUAACUGGGCUAGCACCAGGAGAACAUGGUUUCCACGUUCAUGAGUUUGGAGACAACACAAAUGGUUGUACUAGUGCAGGAUCACAUUUCAACCCAUUUGGAAAGACCCAUGGUGCACCAGGAGAUGAAGAACGACAUGUUGGUGAUCUGGGAAAUGUAUUAGCAAAUGCAGAUGGGAAAGCAGAAAUUAAAAUAACAGAUGCAAAGCUAUCCCUAACUGGUCCCCAGUCUAUCAUAGGAAGAACAGUAGUUGUCCAUGCUGAUAUAGAUGACUUGGGUAAAGGUGGUCAUGAGCUAAGUAAGACCACAGGCAAUGCUGGGGGUCGUCUGGCGUGUGGUGUCAUUGGAAUUUCAAAGGUGUAAUGCAUUAGAAUGAACACUUCAUGUAGUAGCAAUGCAAAAGGAUAUUUUAUUAUUUAAAAUCAUGUUACAAAGUGUGCAGAAGAACAUGAAGCCAUUCCUUGUCUCUGUAUUGUUAUAACUUUUUCUUUAUUAGCAUGUUCAUGGUCAUGUAUUAUUUAGUGAGGUAUGAUAUUUUUUUUACUUUUAAACUUGAUGGAAAAUAUACUUUCUUCAAAUUGAAAUCCUUCAUACAAUAUGUCAAUUGAUUUAUAAAAAGAAAAUUAGUUUUCUCAAAAAUAAAAUUAAAAAAAAUGCCUCAUUGCUAUGGUAAAUUGUUACUUCCUUUUAGAUGCUUUGCUAUUUUUUAUUGUUUCGUUAGCUUUAAUAUUUGUUUUUCUGGUGCACAUUUUUUCAGGAGCUUAUUUUUCCAGUGGUAUAGACAUUUUUUAUACAAUAAUAUACAGAAAGAAGCACUGUAAAUAUUGAUUCUCAAUAAAAAAGAAAAUGUUUAAAAACAAUGAACAAAAUUGUGGAUGAAAAAAAGUAUACAUUCAAUGUUGAUUGAUACUACAUGUAGUACCUCACUUUUAUCCAGAUUAUUUACAUUUAUAGUGCUAUUGGUCUGAAUAAUAAAUGGACUCUUGGUGUUUUGAAUUUGUGAACAAUUAUACUGAAAUGAUUAAGGAAAGAUUCAAUCUUGUCCAUUAUGUUGUAUUUUGUUUAUGUUAAGUUCUAACGAAUACAUUUUGUAAUCAAACUGAAA